GUCCGGUACUUCAACCUCUGCCGCGUGGAGAAGGUCGAGCGCGUCGGCAACGGCCACCACGGCAAGGAUCAGAAGGGCACCGGGAAGAUGGGCAACGGCGCCGGCUUCUACGGCAAGGACAACACCUUCUGUGGGCCCUGUCCCACCGUGGAACAAUCCUCGCAGCAGCAGCAGACGUAUCCCAUGUGCAAAAGCAUCGUACUCGACGUCGUCCUAAUCGCUAUCGCAAUCAUGCAAGAUGACAAGCCAUCUUGUCGACCUAAAUCAGCAUGGCAAAUUUCAUUUGUCAUCAUGCUGGGCGAAUUUGUAUUUGUAUCUAUAGCGAUUACUUCUACGUACUACCGUGACAUCAAAGAACCUUUUGCAUUGCAUAAGAUGCACAAGACGCAGGUCCUGAUCACGCACGAGGAAGCGCGGCUGGAAGCCACGGACCGCGAGAUCGCCGAAGUGCAGC